AUGCCUUCAGAAAUUGCAAAAUUUUUAGGCCUUAAUGAUUCUCAAUUAUACACCGGCCAUUCUUUACGAAGGACUUCCGCAACUUUGUUUGCAGAUGCUGUAACUGACAUAACAACGCUGAAAAGACACGGUGGAUGGAAGAGUAUUAUUGUCGCUGAGGGCUACAUCGAGGAUUUAGUCUCAAAUAAAAGAAAAAUAGGACAGCAAAUUGAAGGAAAUGUCUCGAUCAAUUCAAAAAAUCGCAUCGAACAUAAAGUGGAAAUUCACCAAGAACCAGGCUCUUCGCACAACAUUCAAGGGGUAGCUAAACGCAGGAAAACUGACGAAGAUGUUAUUUAUCAUGAAGAGGUCCCUGCAGAUGCAGAUAACACUAGUGCAGUAGAUAUAGAGCAGUUGAAUUUUGAAGAUCUGAUCGAGGAACCAGAAAACUUUGCUCGCACGCCAUUACAAGGACUUGUACAAUUUAACGGUAAAUUCGGUUGCAAUUUGUGCUAUCAGUCAGGAAAAGCUGCUUUGAUAGAUUCUCAUUGCUUUGAUAUUAUUGAUGGCUUUGUGCCGGAUGACUUGCAUGUUAAAUUAGGAAUUGAGAGACAAUUUUUGCAUCAACGGCAGCCUUAUGCAAUCAAAGAACAUGUCGAAGAUGUAAACAAAAUGCUACAAAAUAUGCAAGAUCCCGAACAAAUAGGUCGAUUAACUCAAUUUGAGGAUUUAUUAGAAACAUUACAUUGUCCUUUCACAUGGGAUAUGGAUGAUGUAGAUACAACUAUAUCUACAGAUUAUAAACCCCACGAUGAAGAAGAAUUUAGUCCAUUAUUAAAACUGCUGCGUAUAGUUAUGUUAGUAUGAAAAUCCAAAGGAAAUGAACAUGCAGACAGUAUUAUACACAAUCUGGAAAAAUGUGAUGAAAUUAUGAUCGCAGUAUUAGAGGAAUCAAAUCCUCAAUUCUCAACAAAAGCUGUAUAUCAUAUAGUACGAGCAACUCAAUGCCAUAUUCUCUGGAAUUUGGGCGAGAAAAUACAAGCAAAAGAUAUUUUUGCGAAAAUUGAAAUAUUUGAAACUAUGCAGAAAAAAGAACGAAGCACCAUUAAUGCCUGCAGAAGUAUUUGCUGGUCACAGUAUCACUUAUUGGGAAGCGAAGAAGCUGUUAAAUACAUACGUAAAGCUUUGACAGAUAAUCCAAACUGUGCCCUAUGGUAUUUCAUCUUAGGCAAAAACUUGCGUAGAAUAAGACGGGACUCAUCGGUUUGGGUUUUACCAUCGGAAGAAGAAGUAGAUGCCUUUCUCAAAGCCAAACAAACAUCAAAGAACGUACUUUUCGAUGUUUUUGUUGCUCAAAUGUAUAGAGAGCAGCGAAAGUCUAAACUUGCGUUGCAAAUGUAUAAAGAAGUACUUUUGAGUGAGCCAAAGAGUAACACAAUACUCUUACGACUUGCACUAGGUUUCAUGCAGCUAUGCAAGCUGCCUUUAUCUAAACAAUGCCUCGAUAAAGUGGCUUUAACGGACUCCGACAACUGUAUGUAUUUACAUUACAGAGGACGCUAUUGGAUUAAAAAGAAAAAAUUAAAGAAAGCAUUGCAGUAUUUUAAACGAGCUGCCGAUAUGGGUGAUAUUCUUGCUGCCAAAGAGUACCUCCGAUAUAUUGUUACGCUAAAUUCUUCAUUUAAUGUGAUAGAUUAUUUAAUAAAUAUAAUAGAAAUAAACAAAAAUUUGCCAGAAAAGCAAAUACAAGGCUUAGUUAUAGAAGUGGCUCAUCAAUACUGGAAGAUCCACGAUACAAAGAGAGCUCUAAAAUAUUAUCUGCUUGCCAUAGAAAUCGACCCGAAAAGUCAAACGCUAACUGAACAUUACUCGAUAUUUCAGUCAGAGAAAAGUGAAAAUAUUUAUGAUUUACUCGAAAAAGAAAUUCUACCCGCGGUUAAAGGAAAUUCAAAGUCUCUUGACGAGGACACCUUAGAAAUGCUUGAUGACUUGGAAAAUUACUAUGAUAAAGACAUGACAAAGAAAAUUCAGUCGAAGCAGAAAGCUCUGUGAAAUAAAGACUAAAUUUUUAUUACUGGACCAAACAUUCAAUGCCAAUAUUAUAUACAUGAUGUUAAAAAUUUCACUUUUAUGAAAAUAGUAUUUUAUUUUUCGUGUUAAAUGAAAAGCAUUAUUUUCAAUAACAUGAAAUUUUUAUAUAUUUUAUAUAGAAUUUCAA